GUUCAUAAAUAAACAAGCAAAUGUAAACAAUUUUAAUAAAAAUUAUUUUACUGAUACGGAUAUGUUGAAUUUUACUGCUAUUUUAUUAUUUGGACUAAUAACAAUUGUCAAUUCGGAUACUGUGCAGCGAAUUUAUAUCAAAGACAACAAGAUACCUGUAAAAGGGGGCGAUAUACAGAUUGUUUGUGAGGUGUCGCAGUUUACCAACGAUGUUGUUAGGGUCUAUAAGACAGAUACCUUGCCUCAAGAUAUUACAACUGCUUCAGUAGUAACACAAUGUAUUCCAUCUGUGUGUUUAGGAACUACACCAAGACAUACAUUUAAUCCUAGUAGCAGUGGUAUCACUAUAACAGUCACCAAUCUAAAUAGAUCAGAAGACCAGAAAUAUUGGACAUGUGCUAUCAACAACCAAGGAAGAAAAUACACGCAGCUUAUUGUAUACACUAUCACACCAUCACUCCAGUAUGAUAAUCAACCAAGCCAGAACCAAGACCUUGUUCAGAAUUCAGUGCUCUUUAGCUGCCGCACAGGAUGUGCCUUUCCUUCACCAAACUUCACAUGGUAUUAUAAUGAGACAAGUGGGUCACGUCAAGAGUGGUCAACAACAGCCCCUGUAACAGAUAGGACUGGUGAUUGUACUGAUUCUGAGAAAAUAUAUACAUCUACAUUAACUCUGUCAAGAUAUACAGUGUUUACUGACAAUACAGAUACAACUGUGAAGUUUCAGUGUGGUGCUAUAUCAAUUAGUGGAGCAGAAGAUCAACUUUUUACACCAGCGUCUGUUGACGUUAGAUUUGCAGUACGUGUAUCAACAGUGACAUUAAAAGAUGGUAAUUCAGUUCCAUCUAAUUCAUUAGAAGUAAACAGUGGGGAACCUCAUACAUUGACAUGUACAUCAAGUGUCAGCAGACCAACAGCAACUAUCAUCUGGUAUUUUGGAGGCCAGGAAAAGAAAAGAGAAACUACUAGGACAUCUAGUUUUACAUUCACGCCAGAAUAUUCGGAUAAUCAGAAACAAGUUUACUGUAAAGCAUUUAAUAUACAGUCAGAAAACCAAGCCGUGUCUUCAAACAUUGUGUCACUUUAUGUAAAAGUAAAGGUAGCUAAUGUUACACUAAAGGAUGGCAACACUAUACCACCAGGAACACUAGAAGAAACAAAUGGUUUAUCUAAAACAUUAACAUGUACAGCAAGUGAAAGCAGACCUACUGCCACAAUUAUCUGGUAUAUAGGAGAAAAUGAUGAGAAGAAAAGGGAGAUUGUCACAGUGUCUACAUUAACAUUUACACCAGUUAUAUCCGACCAUAACAAACAAGUAUAUUGUAAAGCUUCACAGUCAGGAAAUCCAGAUGUGUUUUCAAGCAGAAUAUCACUUUAUGUUAAAGUAUUAGCUACCACUCCUACAAUCACAAAUCUUACAACAGAAAAGUUAGAAGGAGAUCAAAUAAAAUAUCAAUGCACCUCCUCUCAAACACGACCUGUUGCUAUAGUAACAUGGAAGCUGGGUACUCAAACAUUGACUGAUGUACAGAAUACAGAACAUAGUCAUGGAAAUGAUCUUAAAUCUGUUACAAGUAUUGUAACAUUUACAGCAAAAGGAACUGAUAACAACAAAACAAUAUACUGUGAAACCGCAAUACCUGGGCAAAAUUUAGUGAAGGUUCAAGAAAAGAUAACUGUGUAUUGGCCACCAGUGUCACCUGUUAUAUCAACAAGCAGAUUUCCAUUUCUAGAAGGUCAGACAGGAAAGAGUAUUUAUUGUUCCUCAUCUGAUUAUGGAAAUCCUACAGCUAUAGCAACAUGGACCGCACAAUUUGGAACACCUGAUAGCGCUGAUACAAGAACACUAAGGUUACCUAAACUAACAUAUCAGGUUGAUAGAAGUCCAGUAAAAUGUCAGUUGCAGAAUUUCUUUACACAGAGGAAAGGUCUUCAGAUCCAGUCCAAACAAGUACUAUUACAAGUUGAAUAUUCUCCAAGAGUUCAAAUUUUGACCGAUGGGAAACCAGUUACAACCAUAACAAGAAAUGAAGGACAAACGGUGUCUGUUACGUGUAAUACCACUGGAAAUCCAACACCAAUAGUAAGUUGGGUGAGACAACAAUCUAGUGGCCAUACUUUGUCAUUUGCUGAUAUAGAUAGAACGGACCAUGGUAACUUCACGUGUAGAGCUACAGCAACAUCAAUUUAUUACCCAAGUCAUAACUUUGUUACUGAAGAAGAAGUAGAAGUCUCCGUAAACUAUGCACCAGAUGUCAUUGUUGUUGUAAACAAUACGUAUCCAGUGGAAAACACGUCUUUGACAAUAAAAUGUAAACCCGAAGGACGACCAGCAAAUUAUCAUUUUACCUCGUUUGUGCAAAAAUUGGGAUCUAUUAUUGUCCAUAACACACAUAGUUCAAACAAUGGUGUUAUAGUUAUAGAAAAUGUACAACUUCACGAUAGUGGUACUUAUAUAUGUAAAGCAAACAAUGGCAUUCGAGACAGGAACGAUCGGCUUGAUCAAAGUGGAAACAUCACUGUAAAUAUUUUGGUGUCACCUAAGGUGCUUCUCCCGACAAGUAAAAGAAAAAUCUUAGGGCACCUCGGACUAACGACUAAUAUAACAGUGCCAUUCUAUAUAAAUCCUCGACCUCACACUGUACAAUUCACAUUCCCAAAUGGAUCUGUUAUAACAAACUCUAGCAAACAUACAGUCAGGCUCUUUAAAGAAUUUGUUAAAGAUGUGUUUUAUAGACAGGAAGUGGAGCUAGACGGAUACCUUGCUCAACUUCAAAUAAAAAAUGUGGAAGAAUCAGAUUUUGUUAACUACAAAUUGAUGAUUUAUAACGGACUGACAGGAUCAUUUCAAUCAUGGGUGAUUGAACAUGUCUUGGAAAAUAAACCACCAGAUGUACCUACGAAUUUUAUUCUUGCAAAACAAUUGAGUACAGAAAGUUCACUUACUGUGACAUGGAAUCCUGGAAAUAACAAUGGCCACCAACAGACGUUUAUAUUAAUGUAUAAAACAGUAUCAGAUGAUAAAUGGAAUAAUGUAUCAGUAUCUGACAUAGGGGAAUAUGAAAUGACCUACACUGUUUCCGGUUUAUCAAGCGGGACAUACUACGAGAUUAUGCUAUAUGCAGCAAAUGUGCUGGGAAAUUCGGAAGAAUCUGAAAUUAUGCUUGUCAAGACAAAAGACAAACCAGUGGUAUGUGAUUGCAACAACGGCGCGGCUAAUAAUGACAUAAAAGCAGUGAUUGUAGGAAUUGUUCUUGGAAUAAUUAUCGUGGUAGUCGUGGCAUAUGCUGGUUAUGUUACAAUAUUACUGAGACGAAAAGGUGAAAACACAGCGGGAAAUAAAUCUGACAAGCCGACUAAGCUGACUAAGUAAGUCAUUAUUUCAUCAAUUCCAUUAUUCAGGUGUUUCUUUGUUUGUGUUUCCACUACAUAUCACCAUUUUAUAAUUGGUGUAGAAAUACGUUUUGUAUAUUUCCUUUGUGAAUGACACAUACUCUUCAUAAUUGCUUAAUGGUUAAAACCAUAAUUUACAUAAGAGCAUGCUAUUUUGUUCUGUAAUAUUUUUCCAGUUUACAUACAAUAUCCA